AUGUCUUCAGCAACAAGUUCGCCCUCCGCCCCCGGCUCACCCACAAGCGUAACCUCAAACAUAUUGACCCCAACGCGAAAAGUUCGGGCUCUGCUUGCCCAGUUCGACGAUUCGGAAUCUGAUACCGCGACUCCCGCCCGUGUUCAACCUUUACAGCAGGUUGCUGCUCCUCGUGAUGCCCUUGAACCGGACAAGGAUGAGCUGGCAAAUACCUCGGAGGAUUCGGAUGAUGAGGACAUCUCAGCACCACAGCGGACCCGUGUUGCAAGCAACAGCACAUCCAGCCCGACAGCUUAUUCCCAGCACGACAAGGAGCAUGCCAGACUUCAGCCUGUCUCCGGCCUAGAUUCUGACCAGGGCGAUGAGGAUUUAAACGACUCAGAAGAAGAUAGCAUCUUCGCAGGGAGACGCACCCCCAAUACGAACCCGACAGGCACGCCUGCACAACGAUCACCUUCUCCUCUAUUCUUUCCCUCUCCCAAAGAGAAAAAGUCGAAAUUCCUUGCUCUCGUUGAGAAGCACAGACAACAACGGCUUGAAAAAGAAGCUGAAGAAAGAGCCAAGCAGGCUGCCCGUGAUGAGAUGCUGAAGUCUCAAGAAGCAGAGCAUCGCAGAAUCCGUGGUUCGAGCCCGGCAGAUGACACGGAGGAGGAGAGCGAUGCCUCUGAGGGAGGGAAGAAGCUGUCAAAGCACGCACGUCCAACACGCAAGGCUAGCAAGAAGGCCAUUGAAGAAAUGAACCGCGAGACACAGAGGAUAAGUCGGAACAUGCAACUGGCACAUCAAGCGCGGACGAAAAAGAAAAUAACCAAGGACAGUUUGUUGGCUCGGUUUAACUUUUCAGCCGCCAAACACCCCCCCAAGCAAGACAACGAGCACUGCCCUACCAGCAGCUCCAGAGCCGCAUCGGAUAAUGAAGGGAAUAGUGUCCACGAGACACCUCCCACGAGCCCGGUUUCGGAAGAUGCCAUCCACUACCACAAGGAGGUCCCCAUUGAAGCAUCUAACAAGGGUAAAGAAAGAGCACCUUCUAUGGAAUCCGUUGGACAAGAACUGCAUGCCCAUCAAUUGACGGUCCUCGGCACGGGCGCUAUGGACGAGCAGACACUGAAACCUACCGUCAAGCCGUCAGAAAAGUCAACCCGGUCUAAGAUCCUGUUGACCGCAGCGACUGUGUCGGACGCUGAUAGUUCUGAUUCUGAUUCUGAUCUCGAAGUGGUCAUGUCCCGUGGCGACAUGCGCAAAUAUGCGGCGUUCGAGCACUUGCCCUCGCGAAAAGCCAAGGAGGCUCCGUCGCACCUCGCUCUGCGUUCGCUUGCAAAUCUGAUAGGUGACGAUCUCAAGCAUUCCAUAAACGCAGCCGAAAUGGAAGCAUCGUUACGAAGGGCAGCUCGGGCGCAGGCACGGCAAGAAAGAAACCAGAGAAUUGAAGAACUGAAAGCAAAGGGAGUAGUAGUGCAGACAGCAGAGGAGAGAGAGCGCGAACAACAGGAGGUAGAGGAUUUAUUGGAGCGAGCGCGACAAGAAGCUGUCGAAAUUCAGAAACGCGAGAAGGCUCUUGCCAAAAAGGACGGUACUUACAACAAGGACAACCUGGACGAUGACGACGAAAGUGACGACGAGGAUUUUGCUGAAGACGAGGACGGCGACCUGGAUGUCGAUUCUGGAGACGAGGAUGGGAGUGAUCUGGAGGCUGAUGAUGACGAUGAGGAAGUGGUGGAAGAUGAGGAAGAGGAUCAAGGCAUAGAGGAUGGUGCAGAACGUGAAAGUAUGGAGGGCAAGCUCCUCGACAAUCAAGCUGAAGAAGAGAACUCAUCCGAGGAUGCCGAUGUUGAAGAAAACGAGCAUUUCGACAUUGGAGUCGAAGAAGGCGGUUUGCAAGCUGGUCCCAUGCCACGAAAAAGCCGAACUACCCGUAUAGUCAGCGACGACGAGGAUGAAGACGUCUUACCUGCAACGCUGCGUUCUCCACAGCUUCCUGCACCUGCAAAGACCCCGUUAUCUAUAUCUCGCUCGGCGAGAAAGCAGAUUCCGGGUCUGCAGAUGUCCGACGACCUUCCGAUCGGGCUGACGCAGGCGUUUGCCGCUACAAUGGCAGAUUCGCAGAGUCAGGCUGAAGCGAACACGCAAGAACAAGAUAGUCUCACCAUGACUGCGGAACUUCCGUCGCCUAACCUUGCAAUGGUGCCAAAACUUUACCGUCUAGAUUCGGUCGACAUGAUCACCGACAGUCAGCCAGCUUCUCAGACGCAACCACUGGACAUCAGCCUAUCAUUUUCUGGGUCUCAAGCAAUGACACAAUCCCCAGCGAACCGUUCCGGUCUGCAUGGCGUGGAUUUUACUCCAUCACAGGCAUAUUUCGAACCUACUCAAGAUGCAGGAUACGAACUGAGUCCGUUCUUGGGAAAUCGCUUUGCUACUGACACUCCUCGACAGCCAGCACCACACUCGACAGUAGAUACCGCCAUAUUUCCAAAUGAUGUGCAAAAUAGCCCCAUUAUGCAAAGAAAAGCGAGACUCAGGCGUGGGCAUGUGACUCUCGAUGAGUCGGAUGAGGAGUUGAGCGAGGCGAAGGAUCUGUCGGCUUUUGAUAUUAUGCAAAGAGCGGCUAAACAGAGGCCUAGCGAAGAUUUCGACAAAACAAAGUCACGGGCACGAGAGGCCAUUGACGAAGCUGCGGAAGAAUCUGAAGAUGAGUACGCUGGCCUCGGGGGAGCCAGUGACGAUGAGGUGAAUGAGGAAGAGAACGAAGAUGACCGCAGAAUGAUUGAUGAGGACACGGAAGUCGGCGUCGGCGAGGCAGCGAAACUGGCGAAGCUCUUCGCAGAUCGUGAGCGUCAACAAGAUGAAGCAGCCGUCUCGAAGUUGCUGAAAGACAUCACGACGGGCGCACUGCGUCGGAAGCGUGGUCACGACGACCUCGAUCUUUCGGAUGAGGAAGAUGCCGCCGUUCGAAGAAGGGAGGCCAAAAGAAGGGAGUUUGCCAAAAUGCGUCGAGAACUGCUCAAAGACGAAGCUGUUGGCAAGAUUGCGGAAGACAAGAAAAAGGAAGCAUUUCUACGAAGCAUUGAGGAUCGGCCAGACAGCGAUGAUGGCGAGGAUGACUUUGCUCCCUCGGAGACCCCUGGCGAGGACGAUUCUCAGGUGAAAGACAGCCAGAACUCGCAGAUGAACGAAGAUAGUGGCGCCAAGGAACGGACGACACAGGCUCCAGCCAUAGGCGGUGCCCAGCCACUCGCAGUCACGGCAGUAUCAAAGCUGAAUACGACUGGGCGAUCGAGCCGUUACAGCAGUGGUUCUCACAACCGACGGCCGGGCACUCUAGCGGAGAUUCGAGAAUCUGUGUCAUUCCUCAUCGAGGAGCCUGAUUCCCAAGCGGGAACCAUCGAUCUUGGUCUUUCCGAUUCGGAGGAUGAGCCCGAGGCAUACGUGGAUCUCGAUCGACAUCUUCACUCUGCCACAGCGGAUGAGAAUGCCGAGGAAGCAGACGAUCUUGGUGAUUUUAUAGUUGCGGAUGGUGAGCAUGACAACGCCGAGGGGCCAUUCAAAAAGCCCGCUUUACCUCGCAGCGAAAGUCGAGCCCCGUUCUCGGAACGGCGGACUGCAGCGAGGACAAAUGUUGUCAACCGGCUGAGCAUGCUCCGUCAAGCAUCGUCAUCUUCCGGGUCCUCUGGCAGUACCAAGAUGGCAUUCUUCAGCACGAACAGCUCGGUCACCGGGUCGUUCAACAAGGUCCCCAGCCUGCUGCGCCGUGCGACGACGAACUCCAGCUUGGGGAGCAUGGCUGGACGGGAUGAGAAUGUCUCCGCGACCGGGGUGGUAACAGGCAAGACUGAGCGAGGCCGAGCCCGUGAUGAGAAGGAGUUUGUCAGGAAAGGCUCUGGCAGUCGACGAACCGCCGUCAACUACAGACCGACGAUUCGCGAGGAGAAGAUGAGCCAGCGAGCGGGUAUUGCGAAGAAGAAGGCGGCCAAAGCCAAGAAGAGUGGAUUCUUGGGAGGUCUCUUUGGCGGAGAUAGUUGGACCUGA